CUAAGCUACGUAAGUAGUACUUUAAAGUAUUUUUACUUAACUACGCUACUUUACACCGCCAUCUUUAUGUGGCAACGUUGUUGCACAGCGGUGGAAAACAAAAUUAACUUUCAUGCUUACUUGUAGAUAACUGUGUAUUUGAAGUCUUGUUGUUGAGGAUGAGAGCCUACAUUCUGACACCGUGAAAGCUGAAUUUUAAGCACGCGCAUUUACGCUCAGUCACACUAUCAUGAAAUACAUCUCAUGUGCAAUGUUUUUAUUCAGUAUGUCUGUGUUGUGCAUGGAUUGUGGAACCUACUAUAACGUCAACCUCUAAACCCACAUCACGUUGGACACUAGCCACAGUGCUAUAGAGGGGAUAUAGGCCUAUAUGAAAUGGAACAUCGUCCGAAAAAUGCGUCACUGUGGCCUUCAUAUAAUCUAUUCGCAGAUGUGAUGCACCCUGGGUUAUAUGGUUAGAGCGGUGACGUGGUGGCUAUUGCUGAUAUCAUAUUCCCCGAAUAAAUCAGCGCAUGACCAAUAUGUCCACUGGAACAGUACACGCGCCCUGGAAUUCAGCAGAAUGGCUGUCUUUGUAUAAAUGCCCCCCUCAUCGACAGAUGAGUCAUUUAAGCUUCUCUCUUUACUUUUCCUGUUAUAGGCACAUAGGCAAUGUCUUAUUGGCUAACGUAUUGCAUUGAUAUUUACUCAUCUUAUUUUGUUAUGGUGUAUGCAGACUAUGUUUUGACACCGUCACGAGAAACCAUCCGGGAAAUAUCAGGCAUUAGGUAGGCUAAAGUGUAUUUCCAAAUAAAUAUGUGUGUUUGGUGUCAAAACGCAUAGGCCACAUUGUGAUUUGGGCAGUUUUUUUGUGAACAAUCAUUUUAAUCCACCUUUCAAUAUAUUUUAUUGUAUUUUUUGUUUUUGUAUUGGUAUCCAACAUCCAAUUGCACGCGGUUGACUUUUAUGUUAAAACCACAAUACUAGAGCGCGACCGCUGUGUCCGUCUCUCAUCGGGCAUCGUGCACCGCAGCCCCAAAGUGGAAUUCCAUUGACUGGCCCGAGCCUUCCUUAGAACCCACAGUUCUUUAUCCCUGGACGGACGCAGCUCUGAUUGGUUAAACCCUUCCGGACUCUCCGUAGUUGCUCGAUUCCAUUGGCUGAGAUCUGUCUCUAUGCAAAUCCAACCCUGGAGGGACGCAUUCCAGCACUGCCGACUGACUGCCAGUAAAACCCUGCCUCCCACUGUCGGGAUGUUCAUUCAUACGCAGAAACUCAACUCUACACACAACCGGAGCAUUCAACAAGGGUUUGUCGAAAUAUAAGGCUGUUUGCAGUGACACAUCCUAGCCUAUUCCUCGUUGACAUUCCAGACACUAUUUAUAAAAGCGAAAUUGAAGUAUUAAAGUGUUUUCCGUCUCCCAUGUUGGCACGCAUAGAGACGAGAAGAUCCCUAUUGCGAAUUGGGGAGCCAUAGAACAUCCAUCAAAGUUGACCUUUUGUGGCGAGUAACUCACAAGUUAUUGAAGAACAACAGAAGAGGAAAAUAACAGAAAAAAAGAACCCAACUGGACUUUCUUAUUCGCUUGCUCGCUUGCUCAGUUGAAUGCGCCCUGAGACCUCCUUGAAUGACGGUCGGGUUUUAUUUAGUAUCUGGUCGGUGGAUGCCUCUUCAGUUUAUGUGUCCAUAACACGGACCAUGGAAUGAGGACUGCACACACCGAAAUUUAGCGGUGUGUGUAAUUUCUUAACCGAAGUUAUUUUACUCCACCACAACGCAUAGACCCAGUUUUAUUCGUGCCCACGCAGGUACCUUCAGACUGUCGUCUGAUUUCCACUGUUGACCCACGUGCCUUGGGAGAGUUCAUCUAACGACAACGGCUUUACUUUUUGAGGCAAAUAUCAGAAGAAACAUAGAGCUAUAUAUCCACAGAGUCAGUUUAACUGGAUCCUACUGCGGUACACAAAUGGUCUUCCUUUGGGACGCCAAAUACGACCCAGCACCUGGUCGGCGCUUCUCCCCCCCUUCCACCACCCUGUUGUCAGGUAAGAUGAGUGAGGGUCUGCCCCUGGGUGCCCAGGAGAGCAGUAGCGCCGCCCUGGUGGGAAAGCUGCGUAUUGCAGACCGAGGCAUGGUGGAGGUGCUGUCAGAACACCCUGGAGAACUGGUGAGGACAGACAGCCCCAACUUCAUCUGUUCUGUCCUACCCACACACUGGAGGUGCAACAAGACGCUGCCCAUCGCAUUCAAGGUGGUUGCCCUUGGUGAUAUCCCUGACGGUACCUUGGUCACGGUGAUGGCGGGGAACGAUGAGAACUACUCAGCAGAGCUCCGCAACGCCACGGCCGCCCUCAAGAACCAGGUGGCUCGCUUCAACGACCUGCGCUUCGUAGGCCGCAGCGGACGAGGGAAGAGUUUCACUCUGACCAUCACGGUGUUCACCAACCCUCCCCAGGUGGCCACCUACCAGAGAGCUAUCAAGAUCACCGUGGACGGGCCCAGAGAACCACGCCGCCACAGACAGAAGCUGGAGGAUGUGAAGACGGGAGCAUUGGCCUUCUCCGAGCGUCUCAGUGAGCUGGAGCAACUAAGGCGGAGCUCCAUGAGGGUCACGCCCCCUCACCAUCAUCACCACCACGCCCCCACUCCCAAUCCCCGGCCCGCCCUGAACCCGGCCCAGUUCAGCAACCCCACACACCACACACAGAUACCAGACUCUAGGCAGAUGCAGACAUCUCCGUCGUGGUCCUAUGAGCAGUCCUACCCCUACCUGGGUCAGAUAACCACGCCCACCGUCCACUCAACCACGCCCAUCUCACCCAGCCGCUCCUCCCUCAGUGACCUGUCCAGCCGCCUCUCAGGCCCUGACCUCACAGCCUUCAGCGACCCCCGUAUGUCUCUGGAUCGCCCGUUCUCCUCCCUGACCUCGCUCCCUGACAGCCGCUACCCUGACCCGCGCAUGCACUACCCUACUGGGGCCUUCACAUACACCCCCACCCCUGUAUCCAACGGCGCCAUCGGACUGACCAUGGCAACCACCCCUGCUGGGCGUUACCACACCUACCUCCCCCCGCCCUACCCCACAAACGCCCCCCAGGGCCAAGGUGGACCGUUCCAGGCCGGUUCCUCUCCCUACCACCUGUAUUAUAGCACGGCCGCCGGGUCCUACCAAUUCUCCAUGAUGGCGGGGGGAGGCGGGGAGCGGUCUCCUCAGAGGAUAUUCCCUCCCUGCACCAACGCAUCCAUAGGCUCCUCCCUCCUGCACCCGUCUCUGCCAAAUCAGAGCGAAGGGGUGGGGGUGGAAGCGGAGGGAAGUCACAGUAGCUCCCCUACCAAUAUGGUACCCGAGGCAGUAUGGCGGCCAUACUGAGCACGGCAGCGGGGUUGACAAAUGAUUGACGGACUUGCUGGCUAAUUGGAGUGGACAAGGGGCUUUCACGGAGCGUUCCUAUUGGAUCAUUAGAAUGAUCAAGGAACAAAUUGAGGAAGGAACAGAAACAGGGUGCCAUUUUACACCGAGGAGCAUGUAGCAGCACUGAACUGAAAAUAAUUCAGCUUUGUUUUAUAAAAGGAUUGUUUGCCAUGGUUAUGAUUGUUGUUGGUAUUAUGAAUUACUCGUGGCCAAAAAUACAAUGGGUGAUUUUAAUGUGCCACAGGCACUCCCCUCCUAUCCCACGUUCCCUUGUACCUCCUCCCCCUCUCCUCCCUUAUCCCACCUCCCCUUGUACCUCCUCCCCCUCUCCUCCCUUAUCCCACUUCCCCUUGUACCUCCUCCCCCUCUCCUCCCUUAUUCCACCUCCCCUUGUACCUCCUUCCCCUCUCCUCCCUUAUUCCACCUUCCCUUGUACCUCCUCCCCCUCUCCUCCCUUAUUCCACCUUCCCUUGUACCUCCUCCCCCUCUCCUCCCUUAUCCCACCCCUCCUUGUACCUCCUUCCCCUCUCCUUCCUUAUCCCACCCCUCCUUGUACCUCCUCCCCCUCUCCUCCCUUAUCCCACCCCUCCUUGUACCUCCUCCCCCUCUCCUCCCUUAUCCCCCUCUCCCCUUGUACCUCCUCCCCCUCUCCUCCCUUAUCCCACCUCCCCUUGUACCUCCUCCCCCUCUCCUCCCUUAUCCCACCUCCCCUUGUACCUCCUCCCCCUCUCCUCCCUUAUUCCACCUUCCCUUGUACCUCCUUCCCCUCUCCUCCCUUAUUCCACCUUCCCUUGUACCUCCUUCCCCUCUCCUCCCUUAUCCCACCCCUCCUUGUACCUCCUCCCCCUCUCCUCCCUUAUCCCACCUCCCCUUGUACCUCCUCCCCCUCUCCUCCCUUAUCCCACCUCCCCUUGUACCUCCUUCCCCUCUCCUCCCUUAUCCCACCUCCCCUUGUACCUCCUCCCCCUCUCCUCCCUUAUUCCACCUCCCCUUGUACCUCCUCCCCCUCUCCUCCCUUAUCCCCCUCUCCCCUUGUACCUCCUCCCCUCUCCUCCCUUAUUCCACCUCCCCUUGUACCUCCUCCCCCUCUCCUCCCUUAUCCCCCUCUCCCCUUGUACCUCCUCCCCCUCUCCUCCCUUAUCCCACCUCCCCUUGUACCUCCUUCCCCUCUCCUCCCUUAUCCCACCUCCCCUUGUACCUCCUCCCCCUCUCCUCCCUUAUUCCACCUCCCCUUGUACCUCCUCCCCCUCUCCUCCCUUAUCCCCCUCUCCCCUUGUACCUCCUCCCCCUCUCCUCCCUUAUUCCACCUCCCCUUGUACCUCCUCCCCCUCUCCUCCCUUAUCCCCCUCUCCCCUUGUACCUCCUCCCCCUCUCCUCCCUUAUCCCACCUCCCCUUGUACCUCCUCCCCCUCUCCUCCCUUAUCCCCC